AUAAAACAGAUAGUUGGAGAGAAAUCAGGGUAAAAUAAAGAUAAAGAAAAGGUUUUACCCUUUCAGAGUUUUACUCAAACUGAAAGACGGAGUACUUUGCUAUUAAAUACGGAACCACUUCUCAUUCUCUCCAUUAUCAACAUUCAACACAACUUUCUUCUUCCUUCUCUUUGCUCUCUCUUCAUAUAACCAUUCAGGUAAAGGAAGAAGAUUAUUUCUGAGAAAGUGUAAAAACAUGGCUAAGGAACAAUUGAAGGUGCUAAAUGCACUUGAUGUUGCAAAGACACAAUGGUAUCAUUUCACAGCAAUUGUGAUUGCUGGAAUGGGUUUUUUCACUGAUGCUUAUGAUCUCUUCUGCAUUUCACUUGUUACCAAAUUGCUUGGCCGUGUGUAUUACUUUGAAGGCAACAACAAACCUGGUUCAUUGCCACAGAAUGUUUCAGCUGCAAUCAACGGUGUUGCUUUUUGUGGAACACUUGCAGGCCAACUUUUUUUUGGUUGGCUAGGUGACAAAAUGGGAAGAAAACGUGUUUAUGGAAUGACCCUUAUGCUUAUGGUUAUAUGUUCACUUGCUUCUGGUCUCUCUUUUGGGAAGGAUCCCAAAACUGUUGUGGCUACUCUUUGUUUCUUCAGGUUUUGGCUUGGAUUUGGAAUUGGCGGUGAUUACCCUCUUUCUGCUACAAUCAUGUCUGAGUAUGCAAACAAAAAGACUCGUGGUGCUUUUAUAGCUGCUGUUUUUGCAAUGCAGGGAUUUGGAAUUUUGGCUGGCGGCGCCGUUGCGAUUAUAGUUUCAUCUGCUUUCAAAGCUAUGUACCCUGCUCCGGCGUUUGAUGUUAACCCAAUUUUGUCGACAGUUCCACAAGCUGAUUAUGUUUGGAGGAUAAUUUUAAUGUUUGGUGCACUUCCAGCAUUGUUGACAUACUAUUGGAGAAUGAAAAUGCCUGAAACUGCAAGAUACACUGCUUUGGUUGCCAAGAAUGCUAAACAAGCGGCUGCAGAUAUGUCCAAAGUUUUGCAGGUUGAUAUUGAAGCUGAACAGGAAAAAGUUCAGCAAUUGGGUCACACACAAAGAGCAAAUGGGAAUGAUUUUGGGUUGUUUACAACAAGGUUUCUUCGCCGACACGGACUUCACUUGCUUGGAACUGCUGUGACUUGGUUCUUGUUGGACAUUGCUUACUAUAGUCAGAAUCUUUUCCAGAAAGACAUUUUUACUGCAAUCGGAUGGAUUCCAGAAGCUAAAACCAUGAGUGCUCUUGAAGAGGUUUAUAAAAUUGCUAGAGCACAGACACUCAUAGCACUUUGCAGCAGUGUUCCUGGUUACUGGUUCACAGUGGCACUUAUUGAUAAAAUUGGAAGGUUUACAAUUCAGUUGAUGGGAUUUUUCUUCAUGACAGUGUUCAUGUUUGCUUUGGCCAUUCCAUAUCACCACUGGACAAUGGAUGGAAACCAAAUUGGGUUUGUUGUUAUGUAUUCAUUGACCUUUUUCUUUGCUAAUUUCGGUCCAAAUGCAACGACGUUUGUGGUGCCGGCGGAGAUUUUCCCAGCAAGAUUAAGGUCAACAUGUCAUGGUAUAUCAGCUGCUGCUGGGAAAGCUGGUGCAAUGGUUGGUGCUUUUGGAUUCUUAUAUGCUCAAAAUGGCAUUGGAGUGAGAAAUGUGCUUCUGCUUUUGGGUGUGGCUAACUUCUUCGGGAUGAUGUUUACUUUCUUGGUGCCUGAAUCUAAAGGAAAAUCUUUGGAAGAGAUUUCUGGUGAAGCUGAGGAAGAAACUUCUGCUAAUAGAGAAUCUGCAUUGGAGGCUGGUCUUCAAGUUCAGACUGUUUCUGCUUAAUUGAGUUGUAGCUUGUAGGCUUACUGAAUCUGCACAAGUUUUAGGAUUUUCUAUUUUGCUUUAGUGUCUCAGGAAUAGUUUUUUUUUUUUGUUCCUAUGUUUCCAUAUUUUGUUUUUGUUUUUAUGUAAUCAAUCAGUUUGUAGAAACGGUUUAGUUUUCUUAUGCUCUCUAUUGUUUUCGCACCAUUAA